GUCAUGUUUUUAGUUCUGUGAAAAAAAGCCCCGUUCUCUUGUCGAGGGUCUAACCGGCCACCUCUUCAAUGGAUAACCUCAAUGUCAAGAGUUCCCGCUCCUCGCGAAGACACAGUCAUCACCAUACCAAUCAUCACACACACUCUUCGUCAUCUAAUCAUCAUUAUCAUUUCUCUAACAACCAACCACACUCGAGUAGAUCUUCAAGUAGUGUGACUUCACACGCACACCGCUCCCACAAUGUUUCGGGCUUCUUCGGCAGGUCUGCUGACAGGGCUCAACUCGGUUCUCCGACUGCCUCGUUCGCGGCACCUUCCCUGUCUCGACUUACCAUUCCCCAUGUGAACCCCAAUGCACGCACCAAUGCUUUGCACCUGGCCUGUAUAAAUGGAGAUAAACAGCUGGUUAUUAAAUUGGUCAAUAGCUCAGAUGGAAAUUUGAGUUCGAGAUCAGUCGAUAGAAAUAGCGGGAACAGUGCAAGGAAUAGUACCAGGAGUGCCAAAAAUGUUUUUAAUGGUCAACAACUUCUAGACGUUGACACUGCGGAUAGCCUGGGCCGAACCCCUCUGAUGUAUUGUGUACUGGGAAACAAAGUAGACUGUGCUGAAUACCUCAUCAAGUCUACAAAGGCAAACGUAAAUGCAUCCGACAACCUAGGGAGAACUGCUCUGCAUUGGGCAGCUAACAAGGAGCAUCACAAGAUGCUAAAGUUGUUGAUUCAGAAGGGAGGCGCGGAUUGCAGGGCCAAAGAUAGAGAUGGUCUGACGCCGUUUCAUAUGUGUAUGAAGAACAGAAAUUCAAAAAGUACAGCCUUGAUGAUGAAGAAUUUGAAUGCAAAUGACUUGGAAGAACAAGAUAACUACAAGAGAACUGCAUUGCAUCUGGCUGCCAUGUACGGAUCGUAUGACCAGGUGCAGAUGCUGCUUCAAAGAGACGCCAAUGUCGGCAUCCCAGACGGAGAGGGAAAAACUCCAUUGCACUGGGCCAUCAACAGCAAACAUCAACACAGCUGCUCAAUUGUGCAAUCUCUGGUGGAACACAUGCCAAGUGUGGUCAACUGGCAGGACCAUGAUGGCAGGACCAGUCUCCACCUCGCUGUGGCCGAGGGAAGCUACAACCUGGUCAAGACCCUGAUCGGCACUGAAGGCUGUAAGCUCUCCUGCCUGGACAACAUGUUCCGCACUCCGCUGCACUGGGCGGCGGUCAUGGACAACGAGGCCACUGCACCCCAGAUAGUGACACUUCUGCUGAACAAGGGCUGCGAUUGGACAUGCAGUGACUCUAACGGGGCCACUCCACUGCACUACGCCGCGCACAAAAACAAUUCGGAGACCAUGCGUGCUUUUCUGGAAUUCAGUGAACUGGUGGAUCAGGCGGACAUCGAGGGCAGAACUGCUUUCAUGUGGGCAGCCGGAGCAGGGGCACUGGAGACCCUGGAUGUGAUGCUGGACUGUGGGGUGGAUCUGAGUCAGAGCGAUAAGAACGGGGCUACAGCACUGCAUGCCGCUGCCACUUCUGGAAACGCGGACUGCGUCAAACUGCUUCUUAAUGUGGGCUGUAAGAUGACAGCUGACAACAUGAAGCUCACUCCUCUAGCCAGGGCGGCUGAGUUGGGUCACGUGGCCAUUGCCCAGCUGCUGAUCAAACACGGGGCCAAACUCAAACACCAAGACAGGGAGGGCAGAUACCCUCUGCAUUGGGCUUGCUAUGGUGGCUCGCUGCGCAUGUGUGAGCUGUUGGUGGUGGGCCAGCAGCAGAGUGUGGAUGUGAACUGCAGCGACCACCUCGGCAGGACUCCACUGCAGUAUGCGGCCCAGAAGGGAUUCAACAACUGCAUCUCACUCCUAGUGCAACACGGAGCAGACCCCAACCUACAGGACGCUCAGGGCAGAACAGCACUGCACUGGUCCUGCAGCCUGGGACACCUGGACGCAGUGAGGCUGCUGGUGAAGUGCGAUGCAUUCCCAAACUAUAUGGAGUUCUCAGAGGAGAGGUACACACCGCUCGACUACGCCCUGCUGAACAGUCACCACGAAGUGGCCCAGUUCAUGAUUGAGAAUGCUGGCGCACUGUCCAUCAAUGGAAUCAGAGACAUUGCCGCUUCCAAGAUACAGGCCGUUUUCAAAGGAGCAAGAGAGAGACGCAGUUUUAUCGAACGCAGAACACUACUGCUAAAGCAUGAUAAAAUACGAAAAAAUAAAAUCUCAUCUACAAAUAACCAACAACAACAGCAGAAUACAAACAGCAAUCAACGCAGCCAGUCUCAAAUUCAGCCAAACGUGACAGAAAAAAUUUAUUCCGCUCCAGAGGACCACGCAGCUAGGGAACUGGAUCUGGAAGGUGGAGCUGAUCCGGUUGAUAAGACGUCAUCGGUUAACGAGAAGGACAUGGUUACUGAUUCAGACACGGAAAGUAAAAAUUCGACCAUAAACCGAAAAUCAAAGGAAGUUGAAUCCGACAAUGUAUUAGACGAAAGGAAAUUAGUCGAAGAAACAAACGCUAAUGCAGCACAAAAUGAUCAGUUGCAGUUGAGUACAAACAAAGCUACCCUAGUUUCUAAUUCUAAAGAAGAUAUCAACGAAUCCACGAUGUCAGCAAAUGAGGAUAUUGAAGCAAAACCUGGCCAGAACACAUCAAAAUUGUCUAAUUCUGACUCUAUAAAUGCCAAAAACGCAAGUGAUCGAAGUGCCAAAAGUGAAAAAGAGCACAAAAAGAUCUCAGUUACUUCUAACAAGUCUAAAAGCGACAAUGAAGAAGCCAAAGUUCAAAACCAGCAAGAUAUUGCGAGUUUCUUCAUGAAAGAAAGUCCAAUUCAGACAGACGAGGAACAACAAGAAAAGAUCACAACCAGGUCAGAGAAGUCAAACAAAACUGAGUCGGCUGGGGGAACGGCGAGAGGCAGUGAAAACUUCUACCCCUACUCGGAGUCUGAGAGAUCCGCAGCUCAGGCAGAGACGCCUCGGGCGAACAGCGAGACAUCGUCUAUUCGGAUUAACGAACGUGCACACAUGACACAAAGCACUCCGAAACCACCUAAGGAUGAGGGAAAAGAUCGAAGGAAAAAGGUCAGAAGUCCGAAUCGAGAACGGGCACAUCCGGUUCCCGAGUCAUCAUCCUCCUCGACAUCUUCGAAAUGCUCCUCGUUGAGUAGUCGCACCAUUGGAGAGGGCGUGGAGGGAGAGGGAGAGGGAGAGGGAGAGGAAGGUAGAAAUAGUAAGAUGUCGAUUGUGUCCAUGUACAGACAGAUGCGACAGGAAAGUGUGGUGCCAUUUGAUGUCACUGCUGAAGACGAGUCCAAAAAAAGACGCUCAGUGGACUUCCAGACCCCGACCAGUUCCCUCCAACCCAUCCAGAGACAUCUGUCGCAUGCCAACUUCUCAUUGUCUACUCUGGGAGAUGUACGAGACAGAGACGACUACGAGCAGUGCGACUCAACUCACAGGAAGGGGCACGGUUGUCAGUCGGCGACAGAUGACCACUGUUCCGAACUGGACUUCGCCGCCACCGCUGACUGUGACUCGGAGUUUAGUGACUACUAUAGCCACAAUGAGUCACAGUACAGCUAUAAUGCUACUAACCACAACUCAACUGAACAACUUGCUCGAUCAUCUAACACCAGGCAGUUUGGCAGUAGAAAGCGGAAACUCAAGUGCUCUAAAAACAGUGUGACCAGAUCUCCUGUCCUGACUACCAAUGAUGCGUUGGGUGCGACUGGAAGUGGCGACAGAGCUGGAGGGGAAGGGGGAGGGGGAGGGGAGAGUAUGGCGAGAUUGUUGGAGCGUCAGGAACAUUUCAAGAGGAUCCGACUGGCCGAACAGCAACGGAGGAGUGAGAUUCAGAGAAGGAAUAAUGCAGCCAAACUCAUCCAGAGAGCAUGGAGGACGUAUGGGUUCAAAUCGAAGAAGUUCUACAAGGCGUUCAAGGAAGUGUUUCUGCUUCGGAGGAGCAUCGGCCAGGAGCAGAGUCUGAAGCAAGAGGUGGCUGCUCUCACCAUCCAACUGGCCUGGCGCAGAUAUUACAGACGCAAGGUCCUCAUGUCCAACAAUCCCCACAGGACUAUGCUGAACAAGAACAGUCGUGCAGUUAGAAAUAAGAAGCAGAACUUUCUAGAGGCUAGAAUUUACAAUCGACAAGAGCGGGCGAAGCAGUUUUAUGGAAUGCGAGUGCAGCGACAGAAGAGACCCUACUACAUGCGACACCUGGCAUACCAGUCAGCAUUGGACUAUAACUUCGCUUUGGACCAGUAUAGGCCCGUCAUUUAUCCCCAAUAUCCUGGUGUGGCUCCUCGUAGAAUACGCAGCGUCAAGCAUUUCUCCUACAAUUUACGAGCCUAAUUUUCAUUCGAAAACAUUUGCACGCCAUUUUGAUUUUUGUAACUUGAAUGCUAUGUUAGAUACAAUGUGCACUUCUAAUUUUCAAUUAAGAGUACUUUGCUUA